GGCAGCUGCAACAACACAACGGCAGCUUGUGGUGCAGCAAUUGCAAAGGGGGGAAGAGAACCUCCAACAGCAACAGCAACCGCCACAACCCGGGAGUUGCGAGGGAGACGCCAACUCUUGCUGCAUGCAAGCAGCGGGCUCUGCAGACAUGAUGCUCUGGCGAUGAAGGCGAAUUCCUGAGCCAAGGAUACCUCUGUCUGACACUUCCUGGGAAUCUGGAGAGGAUCUUAGCACAAGGAACUGCCUCUCCCAAGGAUGGGCAGCCAUGAGAAAGAUCCCUCUUCUCCCAAAAGGGCUCUACCCCCUUCCCGUUCCAACAGCACCGUGUCUUCCAAACACAGCAUCACUCGACAGGUCUCAGAAAGCUGGGAGGUGGUGGAUGAGCUGCGGAUCAAAGCCCGAGAUGGUCGUAAGAGGGAGCUGGAGAGGCAAGAGGGCUACCUGUUAAAGAAGCGAAAAUGGCCUCUGAAGGGUUGGCACAAGCGCUACUUUGUUUUGGAAGACGGGAUCCUGAAGUAUGCCACAACACGGCAGGAUGUCUUGAAGGGAAAGCUGCACGGCUCCAUUGACGUCCGCCUGUCCGUCAUGUCAGUCAACAAGAAAGCCCAGCGUGUUGACCUGGACACAGAAGACAACAUUUAUCAUCUCAAGAUAAAAUCCCAGGAGCUCUUCAACAAUUGGGUGGCCAAGCUGUGCUUACACCGCCAGGUAGAGAAGAUGGAUGCUUCCCAGCAGCCGUUCCACAUUGGAAAAGGUUCCCAUUCUGUACAGGCCUGCGGCUCUCGACAUCGGGUUCAGAUGUCAGAAAGUGCCCCAGCCUUGUCUUUGCUGGCCUGUCCCCGAGAAAAGGUGAAUUCCUGGCUGGGUGACAGCAAAAGUCUGGACAGGUGCUCUGCAGAGCUCUCUGACUGUCAGGAAAAGCUUCAAGAACUCAACCAGAUGCUUCAGAACUUGGAGUCUCUCCCCCGCAUUCCUUCUGCCCCCCUCAUCUCCCACAGCCAGAGUUCGACGGGCACAGAGAGAACCCGGAAGGGGAAGCGAUCCACCCGGAUCUGGUGCACUCAGAGUUUUGCAAAGGAUGACACCAUAGGCCGGGUGGGCCGCCUGCACGGCUCGGUGCCGAACCUCUCUAGAUAUUUGGAAUCAUGUCAGAACCAAGCCCUCUUCAGCCUCCCUCCGGAAUAUAGCCAACUUCAGAGGCAUUUCUGGCUCUUAGCUCAGAAAGUUCAUGGGUCCCUCAGCAGUGUGUUGGCUGUGCUGGCUGCAGAGCGGGAUCGCCUUCAGGCAUUGCAGAGGACACUGGAACUGCAGCAUUCCGCUGCUGCAUCUGCACAGGGUGGUCGGGGGAGCGGCAUUGGCAUUGCAGCAGCUGGGGCUCCUCUGCACACCUUUGACAAUCCAGAACGUCUGCGCCGAUUCCAUUCCCUGUCCAUCUCUUCAGACACCACCCUAGACUCCUUCGCCUCCUUCAACCCUGACGAGCCAAAUACUGUGUUGGUGAAGGGCCAAGAGCAGCACCAGAUAUCCAAUCGCAGCAUUGUGUCCCUCUCGGACUCACACGCGGAGUUCUUCGAUGCCUGUGAAGUUUUCCUGUCUGCCAGCUCAUCUGAGAAUGAGGCUACAGACGAUGAGUCCUGCCUCAGCGAGGUGACGAACAGUCUCUCAGAGGAGGUGACCGACAUGGCGGGAAUGUCUGCCAGUUGUUCAAAAGGCCCAAGUGCGGUACGUUGUUUUGAGGACUCCUCUGAGGGGAGCCUCAGACUACCCGUGUCUCUCCCUUUGUACCUCCCUGGGCCGGGUCCUGGGCUCCCCCGGCGGAACUGUCUUCCAGCCUCCCACGUCCACACCAGCGACGUCAGCCUGUGGAACAUUCUCCGCAACAACAUCGGCAAAGACCUCUCAAAGGUGUCCAUGCCGGUUCAGCUGAACGAGCCCCUCAAUACGCUGCAACGUCUUUGUGAGGAACUGGAGUACAGCUCCCUGCUGGAUGCGGCCUGCCAAAGCCUGGACCCCUGUGAAAGAUUGCUCUAUAUAGCUGCCUUUGCUGUCUCAGCUUACGCCUCUACCUACUUCCGCGCUGGCAGCAAACCAUUCAACCCUGUGCUGGGGGAGACGUAUGAGUGUGUGCGGCCGGACAAGGGUUUUCGUUUCAUAAGUGAGCAGGUAUGCCACCAUCCACCCAUCUCUGCCUGCCACGCUGAAUCCAAUAACUUCGUUUUCUGGCAAGACAUGAAAUGGAAAAACAAAUUCUGGGGCAAAUCCCUCGAGAUCAUCCCUGUGGGUACAGUGAAUGUUCGGCUUCCUAGGUUUGGGGACCACUAUGAAUGGAACAAGGUGACCUCCUGCAUCCACAAUAUCCUCAGCGGUCAGCGCUGGAUUGAGCAUUACGGCGAGGUGCUGAUUCGAAACACGCGAGACAGCACCUACCAUUGCAAGAUCACCUUCUGCAAAGCGCGGUACUGGGGUUCCGGGGUGAACGAAGUGCAGGGCGCCAUUCUCAGCCAUAGCGGCAAGGUCAUCCACCGGAUCUUCGGCAAGUGGCAUGAUGCGUUGUAUUGCGGCGUCCCUCCCGUCAGCAAGUGCAUCUGGAGGCCCAGCCCCAUGCCGCGGGAUUACGAGAAGAAUUACGGGUUCACUCAGUUUGCCUUGGAGCUCAAUGAGUUAACGCCGGAGCUCAAACACCUCUUGCCAUCCACAGACUCCAGACUGAGGCCUGACCAAAGGUAUCUAGAAGAGGGAAAUGUGCAGGCUGCUGAGUCCCAGAAACGGCGGAUUGAACAGCUGCAACGUGACCGUCGUCGGGUGAUGGAGGAUAACAACAUUCUUCAUCAGGCUCGCUUCUUCAGACGGCAGGUGGACGCCAACAGCAAAGAGUUCUGGGUAAGCAACGGAAGUUACUGGAAGCUGAGGGCCGAGCCAGGCUUCGGCAACAUGGACAGCGCAGUCCUGUGGUAACCGCUGGCAUCCCCAGGAGCGGCCGUGCCUUUCCCACUCCUACCCCCCAAGACGGGGGAACAGACGAUAAGACGUCCCCCGCUGGAUAAGCACAAAGGUCGAUCAGGGCAUGGAAUUCUGGUAUACCAGCGUCACAAGAUGGAGGGGGGACGAACACACUUAGGACUUCCUCUGGGCACUUCCAAAGCAUCUCUCGCCCUUGAGAAAGGUGUCCACGAGCCAGCUCAUGAUCUCGCACUGCUGCCUGCUGGUAAGGCAGACCCCCCCCCCCCCC